AUGCCCAAACAUCUAGAGAACUUUCCUUUACAUCCAGAACGAAACGAAAUCCGUCUCCUCACUAUCUUACCCAGCACAAAGGCUGAAUCCAUAAUCAGGUGCUCUCUCAAGUCUGUAUCACUGGACAAUAGCCCUGAGUUUGAGGCUAUUUCGUAUGUCUGGGGAGAUGCCUCGAAGAAGACGGAUAUAAUCAUCAAUGAUACCCUCUUUUACGUGACACGGAGUGUGGAUAAAACGCUCCGUCUUCUUCGCCGUAAGUAUCGGCGACGAGUGGUAUGGAUCGACUUUGUCUGCAUCAAUCAGCAUGAUGUCCCUGAAAAGAACACACAAGUCCCAUUACUUGGGCGUGUUUAUGAGAGCGCGUCUGCAGUUAUUGCUAUGAUGGUGAAUAGUAACAUGGAUCUACGUGCUGCGAUUUCCUGGACAAAGGCAUGCGAGCCGGGCCGGAUCACUCAAGAAACUGGUGCAUGGCGUGUCCUGGACAAACUGAGCAGAUACCACCAGAGAGAUCGAGACCUAAGGGCGAUGCGGCUGCUCAACGCGUACGAACAAUUCCGACUCGUCAAGGAUGACCCUUACUGGACACGCAUGUGGACAUAUCAGGAAUACCAGCUGGCCAAUUGCUAUCCAAUUUGCAUGAGUGGAACACUCACAUUCAAUGCUUGCUUAAUGCUCUCAUUCGCCCGUGAGAGUCUAGUGAAGGCAUAUUGGAACGAUCAACAAUUUCAGGAAGCAUUUAGACGAAGGUAUGGUGAGGCAGAAUUCAGAAAGCUUUGGCUUCUUCAUGGGCCAACCGAGCGAUCCAAAAACGAGUAUGCCCUAUAUCACUUUCACAAGACUUGGCAUCGACAGUGCAAGGAUCCUCGAGAUAAAGUGUACGCACUUUACAGUCUGCUCCCUUCUCUACAAACCAAAUACCCGCCGGACUACAAUAAAUCAGUUGAGCAGGUCAUGCACGAAACAACAGCAUAUAUCGUGACACAGAAAUGCCCCCUCGCUCUGAGCUCCUUCAAACUCUGGCAAGAGAAUCGUUCACCUGGUUUCUCAUCUUCUUAUCCGUCCUGGAUUCUCGACUUCGGUUGUGCCGCUGAACCUCUGGAUGCCUUCCUCGGUGAAUUUGGCUGGUACUCAGACGCCGGGGUUCCAUUGCCUACGACCACAGACGACCUGUCCACUAUGACAAUUUGUGCUCGUAGCAUCGGCUCCUGCUUCCCAGUUGUACAACUGGCCUCUACAAUGCCAGAUAUCAUCGAUCAAUUUGUUAGCAUCACAGAUGUACGCUAUGAUACCUGGGGGAGCUUGGAAUCCAGGCGUCUAAGUCUCGUGCAUGCGUGCCUGGCUUAUACUCAUCUUCACGGCAAAUUUACACUUAAUCUAAGCGCCAAAACAGCAGAGACAUUCCAUCUUCUCCAUGAGAUUGACAUACAUCGCGCAAGCGACCCGUGGUGGCAGGAGCUCUGGUUCGGAAUCAGCGGACCUAAUGUGCAGCACGGAGACGUGAUCGUGAUGGCUCUCGGAGUAGACAUGCCGCUUAUACUUCGUCCUUAUCGGGAAGACAACGGGAUCUAUUAUCGCCUAGUGGAUAGAGCCUACAUUCCCUUGAUGUCCGAAAUUGCUAUAAUACAAGGCAGGUUUGACGAUGCUCGGUUCUUCGAACGUCCACCUCAGGUGUUUUCUCUACGAUAGAUCGUCUCACUGUCACAGCUGCAUAUACUAUACGGGAUGAACUUCGGGGCUAUGUCAACAUGAUGUGAUGUAUCACCUGUCUUCUGGAGGCUAGCGAUAUUCAUUGUAUUAACCCUGAAACCCAGAUAGCGUGGCUGUAUCUAGUCCCGCUGUGUCCAAAGCUCCUGCGAAGGGCCGAGCUUCAACACAGAGCGUGUAUCAUCGUCGGUUAGGAUCUCACAUUGCGCUGUCUGGCGAGUGUUUAUGCAAGCCCCACGACACGUCACUCAUUUAGGAAUUAAUUUAGUCAAGUGACAACGAGUCAUUAGCAUCCCACAUGGGCUGUAUCCAUACCACGAGAGCGAGAUCAUCCACCUCCUCUACCUGUGCGCCUACCUCCAGCAACCCGGCCGCUCCAUCUGAGACGUCGUCACGGAAGCAGGCAUGACGGUCUUUUGGCCGUAAUUCAUCGAGGAUUCGGAUGACGGCUCUACAUCCCCCGUCGUACCUGU